AUGCGAAGACCCAGACUGCAGGCCCAGAGGAAGUUUGCCCAGUCGCAGCCCAACUCCCCCAGCACCACGCCAGUCAAGGUGGCCGACGCCACUCUGCCCACCCCCUCCGGCAUCACCGACCUCUCACGACGCAAGCCCAAGACCGAGGACUUCCUCACCUUCCUGUGUCUGAGAGGUUACUCCCCGUGGCAAAACGAAGGGUCCUCAGCGUUGCCCAGCAACAUGGCCUACUUUGGCAGCUCUCAGGAUGAGGACGAGCUGGAUGAUGAGGAGGAGUACGAGGACGUCAAGCCGCCACCCAGUCUGGCGUCCACUUCCUGCCAGUCCACACCCAGGAAGGGCAAGCCGCCGGGCAAACACCCAAUCAAUGGACACGUGUUUAACGGCCAUAGCAAGACAUCCUCCCGAGAGAGCGCCAAGCCCAAGGCCCGGGAGGCCCCACCCCCGCUCAGGGAGCGCAGCGAGAGGGCCGAGGCCCGACGGGAACACGGCCACCUCCACCACCUCCUCCACACGGGCUCCCCCUCGGCCAGGGGCCCCGCCUCCAACGGCCUGCCCCUCCGGAGGGUCACCGCCGAGGAGCUGCGCAAGCAGGUACGCUGCAGCCCGCUAUGCUAG